AUGCAGUUUUUUGGUGACGAGCAGACGAGAUGGUCGAUUAGCUCUGAUGCGGAUCCCAUUUAUAUUCGAGACUGUGAUAGUUCAAGUUUCGUUCCGCUACCGAAGGCUGAAGCUGAUGUGAGUUGCGUUUAUACUUACCGGCAUGGAAAUAACUUUUGGAGGCUUUGCUGUAGCUUUGUCAAAAACGCGUGCCAUUCAUGGGAAAUUGAUCGUUAA